CUUCAUCUAAUGCACUGGAACUCCACACUGUACAGCAGCAUUGAUGAGGCAGUAGGGAAGAAGCACGGCAUAGCUAUUAUUGCUUUGUUUGUGCAGAUAGGAAAAGAGCAUGUAGGCCUAAAGGCUGUAACUGAAAUUCUCCAGGACAUCCAGUACAAGGGAAAGUCCAAAACAAUACCCUGUUUUAAUCCCAACUCUUUAUUGCCAGAUCCUCUUCUGCGUGACUACUGGGUGUAUGAGGGGUCUUUAACCAUUCCACCCUGCAGUGAAGGUGUCACCUGGAUAUUAUUUCGCUAUCCUUUGACUGUGUCCCAAGUGCAGAUAGAGGAAUUUCGUAGACUGAGGACACAUGUUAAAGGUGCUGAACUUUUAGAAGGCUGUGAUGGAAUCCUAGGAGAUAACUUCAGACCAACUCAGCCACUUAGCGAUAGAGUCAUCAGGGCUGCAUUUCAGUAGCAGAAGAGGAAGAACAACAAAAAGAAAUCUUUAUUCAAAGAGGGGGAAGACAAUGCUCCCACAGUGCCCUCAGAUGAGAAAUGGAAACUUCUGAGGCUGCUGCUUCAGUUGAACCACAAAGCCUGUAUUGUUUGUCUUCAUCUAGUUCAGCCUUGAUAGACAGCUGUGACAGUUGGUCUGUCCGCACGGUCCAGUGAAAUUCUGGGAAUGGAGCUGUAUGUGAAAAGAAGAAAACAUGUUAAAUCUUCCAGUUCACACUGUUAACUAUUUUUAAAUAGUAGUUAUCAUUGCUUAUAUAGUUUCUUUGCCCUAGCAUUCAAUAGUCGUUUGUGAUCCAAAUAUUACUGAUUUUAAGCUUGCUAUGAAUGUUAAUAUGUAGAAAUACUCAUUAUUGUUUUGAAUGUUAGAUUUAAUUUUACUCCGUAUCAUCUCUUGUGCUGUCAGUAACCAUCUUUUCUGUAGAGAGGAGGUGCAUUCUAUAAAGCUAAUAAAAACAUUGUUUGUUCCCA